CAGAGGUCUAUAUAAGUCCAUGUACGCUUGCCUAGCACUUUGAAUCAUCUCUGAGUGACACAGUGAGGCUUCUCUGUUUUUGGGUUGCAAUCUUCAAUGGCUAAGCUUGCUUCCCUUCUGCUUCUGGCCCUCAUUGCUAUUUCCAUGGUUGCUACUACGGUUCUGGCAACGGAUUCCCAUCACCUGUCCCGUCAACUUUAUGGUAAAGGAAGCCUGCGGAGCAACCAAUGCGGAUCGCAGUGCUCGAGGCGAUGUGGCCAAACACAGUACAAGAAACCAUGCUUGUUCUUCUGCAACAAAUGUUGCACAAAGUGCUUGUGUGUCCCCGAUGGCUACUACGGGAACAAGGGUUCAUGCCCCUGCUACAACAACUGGAAGACCAAGAAAGGAGGCCCCAAAUGCCCUUAGAAUACCAAAUAGUUACAUCUUUUUUCAUUCCUCACUAGCUAAUCCUUUUAAAUCGGAGGGUGGUUCUAUGGAGUAUCUGUUAUUGCAUUUUUAUGAACUUUUAAAUGGCGUUGUCGUUGCCUUGGUGUGUGGACCAUAAGCUUUAGGCGCUCAUCUGAACGUCUGUAACAAUUGCAUUUUUUUCUUCUUGGGAUGAGACUAAUUGAUGUAUUAAUUGCUCCGUCGGGGUCGAGUAGUUUUGUGAACCCAAAAAUGAAAGCGGGAUGUGACUAAAUCUUUGUCCAUUGUAUUGCUAUGUGUACGUUCUUCCAUUUGUAGCAUCUUGCAACAAUGUUUUCUCUGCACUGCACGUUAUAUAUA